AUGGCACUGCUUUUAAUAAUGGCUGUUACUAUUGUUAUCUGGUGGUUAUGCCGUCAGCGCCGAAAAACAGCACCAGCGGUAUGUGUCGUCGAUGAACCACCGGCUUAUUCGAUCGAUAUUCCAACGUCGGGGAAAAAGUCUCCAGAAAACAAUCUAGAUAAAUAUAAGGUAAGUCGCUCGACUGCAGAAAUGCCUGCUAAAGCAGGAGGUGGUACUGGCGCAAGCCGGUCGAGAAGAAACAUAAACGCCGACAACAAAGCACAACAGUCCGCCACGACACAACAAAAUGAACACGUUGGCAGAAGCUCAAUAGCGAAAACAACAAGCCAACCAAAAUUUAACAUUGCACCUCUGAUUUUAGAGGGAGCUAAAAUCAACAAAAUUCAACUGAAUGACAUCCUUAAACAACACUUAAGCGAUGUUAGAAUAACAGAUAUCCAACUGAGCCGUACAGGAAUUUUCACACUAUAUUCGGC